CACUGUUUGAUCCGAUCAACCAUGACAGACCACAUGUACCACAAUGAACGGACAAAGGCGCACGAUAUUCCCAUAGCUCAUUUGGAUUUCAAAUACAUCAAAGAAUGUAAGGAUAUCAAGGAAUUAGAGAAAAUAAUGAAGACUCUGAAAUCCGGUGAAGUGGGACACUAUGCAGAACUCGAACGUUGUUGCGAGGAGUGUAUCAGGAAUAUAGACCCAGAAAAUCGUGUACUUCGAGUGUCAAUGCCAUUGGGUUCAUUGGACCAACUGGAUCAGUCCUCACGUGAAGCUAUUGAGACUGGAUUACAGGACUGGCUAAAAGAAAUGAAAAGCGGAGAUACUGAGACAGGUGAAGACCUAUCACAGGAGGCUCUGUUGGAACGCAUUUCUCGGAAACGUGUGGCUGUUUUGGAAAGUGAAGUGGAAGAUAAGGGACUCGAAUAUGACGAUGAGGUUCCGGCCGUUAGACGUGAAAUUUUCUUCAGAGGGGAUAGUAAAUCGGCAAUAAGGGCUAGGUGUGAUGGAGACGGGAAUAAACCAAAAAGAAUCGUAAAACCCAGAGACUACAGUGAGUGGGAUAAAUUGGAAAAAGAAUGGGACAAGGAGUUAAGUGACACCAUAACGGACGUUUCGUCGAACUGUGCUCAACCCAACAUCGGUAUCGAAAAAGGAGAGAAGAUGGAUGUUUCGGACACCGAAAUUCGGAGCAUCCAAAAGUUAAACCUCACUGAAUUGGCCAAGAGAGUUGAAAGCCUUCCCGAGCAUACCAGACGUCAGAUGGCAGUUCGUGAAAAGGAAAAGGGCAAUGAAGCAUUUCAUGCUGGUGAUCACAAUGAGGCUUUGGUGUACUACAAACGAAGUCUGACAAUUCUUCCGAUGGCCGCGGUUUAUAACAAUCGAGCGUUGAUAUAUCUACAUCAAAAGCAGUGGAGUGCUGCAGCAAAGGACUGUGCUCGUGUCUUACAAGAAGAGCCGAAUAAUUCAAAAGCUCUUUUUCGAAGUGGCAGAGCGAAUUAUGAAUUACACAACCUAGAACAAGCUGAAAGAGACUUGGAGCGGUUAACAGAUCAAGAACCCACAAACACAAAGGCUCAAGCUAGCCGACUGGCCGGUGGACGUCGUAUACUCAUCACUGAAGAGGGAGACUCAGAAUCUUCGGACGAGGGCAUCCCGAUCAACUCUCAAAAAGACAGUCAUUCCGCACAGUCGUUUGACAGUCACAACUCCCAGUCAUUACAGGACUUGCAAGUACCUAACGUGCACCAGCCUGUGCAAAUCGAUUCCAGUGACAGUACUGAAAAAUUUAUAUCUGAAGGUCGAAAGGGUCAGACGGUGUCCCCGGCUGGGUGCUCAAAGAACCUUGGAAAUCAGGUUCCCACCGGCAAGGCACGCGUGCGCGCACGGAAAGUAUAUUAUCCUUCCAACCCAGGUCCGUAUGGUCGAGAGGGCAUGGUUAUCGAAGAAUUAAGUGACAAUGAUGAGCCCGAACAACCACAGACAUCAUCACCGACAGAAACUUCUCCUACCGAUGGUGAAUGUGGUCAAGUUAGAACACAACCACAAGUCAACCAUUAUGAGGAGACAGAGGAUAAUUCCCUGCAAAACUCAGGUUCAAGUCGGAAUUCUCAGAAGCGGAUUGGACCUGAAUUGACAGAAGCAUCAUCAACUAGCUGUUUGGAUAAUGUAGUUUUCAGCGGAAUGGGUGAUCUUCAGAAAGCAAUGGAAGCCUACACACGGAGCAUUGAAUUAGCAUCUGGGGAUCCUGAACAACUGGCACUGUCCUAUCGAAACCGUGCGCUGGUCGCACUCCGAAUGAACGAAAAUACAAAAGCCAUUGAAGACUGUAACCAUGCGAUAACUAUCGAACCUGAAAACCCGGUCUCCUAUUACAGACGUGCCUUAGGACUUCGUAGAAAGGACGAAGCUGCUCCAGGAUUCGACACUGAUACAGAAGACUCUUUGGGAUUUGAAGUGAUAGAUCAACCCGUUGCUGCAAGCCAAGAUGCUAGCGUAUGCUAUGAACAUACAACUGAUACCUGUGACUGGCAACUGGUGUCUGAGAUCGGUAAUGAAUCUGAUCUUUCAAAGAAAGCGGACGAUGAAAAUAAGGAACUCACAGAAGCGCUUAACUAUCUGAUUAUUGGAAUCAAACUCGAUGCCUCCAUGCUCGAUCAAGUCAUUCGUGCCCUCUGCUGGUUAUGCUUGGCCUCAGAUGGGUCAAACAACAAAGCAUGUGACUUCGCGUAUAAAAUCCUAAGGAACUUGAGUAGUCUUCCUAGAUUUGAUUGCGUUGUCUUUUUGAUUGAAGAACCAACUAUUCAAGGUGAAAAGAAACGUCGCCAUGAAUACUUCCUUAAGUUUAUCCAAAAACAUAUGGCACAGGUCAAAGAGGUUCAUCGCAUAAUACUAAUUGGUACAGGUGAAUCGGGGAAAUCAACCUUUGUGAAACAAAUGAAGCUUCUUAGCUCGCACAAUCAAACGUUUACGGAUAAGUACAGGGAAAAAUUUAUCCCGGAGAUUCAACGAAAUUUGGUACAAUCACUCGCAUCCAUACUGGCUUAUAUGGAUCAAGAGCACAUAUUGUUUGCAAGUAACCAACAGACUUUGACGAAAGCUAAAAACCGUAUAUUUGAGCUGAAAGCGAAGAUCGACCGGGCACCAGAUACCAUCACUCAGUACGCCGCAUCUUCUGAUCCUCAAAUAAAUGAUGAAUUUUACGAUACCUGUCGUAUGUUGUGGGCAGACAUAGCCGUGAAAGAGACGCAAAUGAGAGGAAACGAAUUCCAGCUAAUUGACUGUGCACAGCACUUUUUAGACAAAAUUGAUGAUAUUCGGGAACCUAGCUAUAAGCCAUCAGAUGAGGACGUCCUACAAAGCCGAACAAAAACUUUGGGCAUUCACACGGAGUCAAUCGUCUUCAACAAUGUGAACUUUGAGUUAGUAGACGUUGGUGGACAGCGUGAGCAACGAGCAAAAUGGAUAGAAGCAAUGUCGGAUGGGGUGACAGCGGUGAUCUUCCUCACCGAUGUGUCUGCUUAUGAUAUGAUGCUUGCAGAAGACCACACAGUGAAUCGCCUAAGUGAGUCAAUUAACUUAUUGGGUCAGGUGUGGACAAAGAGUCCGUUGCGUGACAAAUCUAUUAUUCUCUUUCUAAAUAAACAGGACAAACUAGAAAGAAAAGUACGGGAGCAACGGACACAACUGGAGACAUAUUUCCCGGAAUACAGUAUGGGUAAGAUAAUAUUCCUCGUUCAGCUUUUACGCGAGGUAAAAUCUGCAAGGUCGGUGAAAACAAAAAAAGAUGCGGAAGUUUGGAACAAAUAUUUCUCUUACUUCUUACCCACUGAUCAUGCGACAAGAGACCAGAGCAUUCGACAAAGCACGGCAAGUGAUAAUUCUAAAACAAAUGCGAAACACGCGCAAACCAUUGACGAAUAUAACCAAGUUCUUUCUCUUGUAAAUAAAGCCUUCACCGACAAUCUUAUUCAAGGAUGGUCGCUGGAAGGCGAUACAGAUGAGAAUCUGGCCAAACAUUUGUUAACAAGAGAAGAUUUCUACAAUUUCCAACGCAGGAUGCACUCAAUCGUCUUCUACCAAGUUGUUUCUAUCACCACUUUUAUUGAGCGUAUGUUUCUUUCAAAAUGUGAUCAGUCAAACAUGAGACAUGUGUACCCGUUUCCGACCACAGCCAUUGAUAAACGUAAUGUGGAUCGAGUCUUCCAAUCGUGCAAGGAUAUUUUACAAGGAAAAGCUCUGACGGAUUUAAUGGUGUGA